AACAAAAACAACUGAAAAAAUGUCUUCCUCCACAAAACUCCGAAGCUCCUCCACGCUCCCUCAUCUCAUCCUCUCAGCUCUAAAUCUCUGCCUCUUUUUCAUCUCCUCAGCCUCCUUUGCCCCCAUCAUCCUCUUAAGGUUUCCCCCAACUUCUUUCGGCUGGGCACUGUUUAUAGUCUCUGCCACCACCCUCCUCUCCUCCCUCCUGGGUUUCUACUCCCAACUGACCCACCUUUGUUUCAUCACCCACAUCUCCAUCAUCCUUGCUUCCUCCAUAGGGCAGGCGCUUGGCUUCCUUUCGCUCUUUCUCCGGCCCGACCCCAGCCUCCGGUUGCUGUCUUCAGCGAGGAGCCUGAGGGAGCAGAAGGUGCUGUUGAAAUUAGAGGAAGGGAUGAUACUGGGGAUGUUCAUGGUGCAGUCGGCCGUACUGGUCUCAGCGUGCAUCAUACAGAGGUGGUGGGUGAGGGAGUAUGAGGGGGUGGAGGCUGAAAGGGAGGUGAUUGCAAGGAAGAGGAGCCGGAGGAUGGCUCGGGUGCAGGAAGAGGCAAUGGCAAAUGCUGCAGCGAUGGCAGAGGUCAAGGCAAGGGCGCUGGAUGAGAAGAUGAAGAACAAGUAUGGGCAGUGGAUGAAGAAUGACAUUGAAGGUUGAUUGUGGGGCUCUGUUGUAUGUUGUUUAGCUCUGAGUGUAUCCUCCGAGGUUGAUUGUCUCCAUGUCUGAACUAAGUCUGGUUUGGUUGGCCACUACAAGGUGGCCACCGGAAACAGGGCUCACCAUCGUUAAUCAGUUGUUGCUUUUGGUGUGUGAAAUUGUCCGAAACUUUUAAAUCAUUAAUAAUUUUUACAUUAUUUUAUUAAACAUUUUUAUGUGUGUUUUCAUAUUUAUAUUUCCUGAGUACUUGAUUUUAUCAUUUAUAUACUUGAGAGACUAUCAUAUCUGUCUUUUCUGU